AUGCUCGAGGACCUUGUCGGGCUGCUGGGCUGGCUGAUGGCUGUGGGCGAGGAGGCUGCCACCAGCUGGCGCCUUCUGGCCAACGACGUCCUCCUGCGGAUACCGCUCUGUGAGCCGGCGCUCGCUUUGUUUGGCGUCUUGAUCGAAGUGGCCGCACGCGGAGAGCGGUCUGCGUGGAUACCGGCGCGGAUGUACGACGAGUGGCAAACGUGCGCGCCGGCGCUCGCGUGCCGAAUAGCCGACCGUGUGCGGGGCCUGUCCGAGGACGACAAGCGGCACGCUCUCGCGUCCCUCGAAAGCCUCAGUCGCAAGGUGGGUGUGCGGCUUCUGGGAAGCCUUAACAACAACUAUGCCAGGCGGCUCAGCCUUCCCACCACGGCGUCAGUAGGGCAGGCCGCGUGCGACCUUCUUCGGACAAGGCUGCACUCGCCGCCUGCUGUACUCUGA